UCCUCCCCACUUGUUCUACAGCCACUUCUGUAUUUUGGACUUUCAGUGUCAGUCACAUUGUUUGAACUAGAUAGACGAGGAGAGACUGGCCAGACACUACAGCACAAAGCCGAUCACUUUAACAAAAUGAGUGACAGUCCUCUUGUGAAUGUGGAAAACUGGAUUGCAGAGAACCAGAAUGCUUUUCUGCCGCCAGUGUGCAACAAGCUCAUGCACUUUCUUCAGUUGAAUAUCAUGUUUGUCGGAGGUCCCAACACCAGGAAGGAUUAUCACAUCGAAGAAGGGGAGGAGUUGUUCUACCAGCUGAAGGGAGACAUGUGUCUGAAAGUGAUUGAAAACGGCAAACACAAGGAUGUGCACAUCAGAGAGGGAGAGAUGUUCCUGCUGCCGGCUCGGAUACCCCACUCCCCACAGAGACAGGCCAACACUGUGGGGCUGGUGGUGGAGAGGAGACGACUGCUGACUGAGACUGACUGCCUGAGGUACUAUGUGGACAACACCAUUGACAUCUUGUUUGAGAAAUGGUUUUACUGUCAGGAUCUUGGAACCCAACUGGUGCCAAUAAUCAAAGAAUUCUUGGAAUCAAAGCAGUACAGAACAGGAAAACCUGAUCCAAAUGAAGUCUUCAGACAGCCUCCCUUCCAGUUGAACACCAUGAACGUGAUGUCGCCUUUCUGCUUCAAAGACUGGCUGGACAAACAGCGGCCGUCGCUGGCCAGUGGCAGGCACGUCGACAUGUUCGGGGCUCAGUUUGAGACAGAGGCGAUGGUGUUUGGACCUGGCCUGACAGAAGCAACAGUACCACAGAGUGACGUGUGGAUUUGGCAGAUGGAAGGAUCCUCUAGACUGACUAUGAAUGAGCAGGAGUUCAGUCUUUCUGCAGGAGACAGUUUACUUAUUCCUGAACAGAGCCAGUACCAGUGGCAGAGAGAUGACGGGACUGUUGCCCUGUUUGUGGUACAGAACCCUGAGCGGAAGAGACCAUGACCUGCCAAUACACAAACACCCAUUAAAUACACAUAAUGCUGCAUAUGAGGAGAGGAAAACCCUUAUUCAUUACAAAUACAUGUGAUUGGAUGCAAAUGACUGCAUUUUUCACAGAUUGUGUAUCUUCAUGUUCAACCAUGUAAAUCAUGCAUUCAUGUGUUAUAUGAACCUUGACCCGUCUGAGUAUUAAUGCACUCAAGACGUUAUUGGGACUGAAACAAUACAUUUCACGUUGUUGUGGCUACAUAUGCUGCUAGUUGAAGGUUUUAAAGCACCUCUGUUUUUUCUAUAUAUUUUUCUGUAUAUUGAAAUAGUUUCAUCAAUCAAUGUACAGAAGCAAAGAACAAAUAAACACAUUAAAAAAA